AAUUCAUCUUCUGAUAAUAAUCAAAUUUCGACCAAAUCCUCCAAACUAAAUCUGUUCGACCAAAUUCCCCAACCAACUCCAACUUGAAGAUCUCGCUCCAUUUCCAAAUUCCGUUCCAGAAAUGGCGUUGGCAGCUACGAGAUUCAGUUCAUCAAUCUCCCGCCACCAAAUCCGAGCUCUCUCCCAUUCAUCUUCUCCAAAAUUGAAUCUCGAAGAAUCCAUCCGAGCAGCAGUCGAAGCAAAAUCAUACCGCCAAAUCCCCCAAAUCCUCAACGCAUCAACGGAGCCUUGCCGCAACCCUAACCCCUUCACAUUCCUCUCCAAAUUCCCCGAGCGGCGCCGAAACGAAACCAUCGACGAAAUCCUCCAAUCCUUCAUCCCAAUCCGGCCGCGCUCCCACCCGCGGAAGGCCUACUCCUCCCUCCUCUCCCUCACCCUCGACCCCUCCAUCGACCAUCUCCCCCUCGCCCUCGCCGUCGUCCAGCGCACCCUCCGCUCCGGCUGCCUCCCCCCGCCGCAGUUCCACCUCCUCCUCUCAAAAUCCUGGCUGCGGCGGCGCCGGAAGGCGUCGCCGUCGCUAAUUUUGUCGGAGAUGAAAUCGAUCGGGUACACCCCCGAUUGCGGCACCUGCAAUUACCUAAUUCUGUCUCUUUCGAAAAUCGAUCAAUUUGGGGAAGCGAUGGAGGUGUUGAAAGGGAUGGGGAGGGCGGGGUGCGUCCCCGAUUGCGACAGCUACGGGGGAUUGAUUGCUGAGCUGAGCGAGGCGAGGAAGGUGGACGCCGCGGCGGAGGUGGUGAGGGAGAUGGUGUGUAAGGAGGGGGUGAGGCUGAGGGAGGAGACCGUGGCGAAGGUGGUGGGGGCGAUGAGGGGGAAUCGGGAGGCGGGGAGGGCGGCGGAGAUGGUGGAGAUGCUGGAGGGGGAGGGGGUGGGGGUGGGGUUUGGGGUGUAUGAGGGGGUUUUGGAGGGGUGUUUGGAGGAGAAGAGGUUUGUGUUGGCGGGGAAAGUCGCGGCGGCGAUGUGUGGAAGGGGGUUUAUACGGGCGAGGCAGAGGGUGGUGGAGGGGUUGGUUGGGGUUGGGGAGGUGGAGCAUGCUGCUGUUGCGAGGAGGAGAUUUGCAGAGAUGAGUUCUUAGUUUUCUAUAUGAAGAAGAAAUCGUGUGGCCAAGGGGGUUCUUGUUUGUGCGAAUGGUGCUUCGAACUUGGAACGAGCAUGGAUUGAUGGUAAAAUAGGAUGAUGGGUUGCGAACUGGGAUUCGAUUGAUGACGAAGAAAGAUAAUUCUUGGUUCUAUUCUCAGACUCGUGAUGGAAAAAGGGAUUGAUCGAAUUCUAUUGCACGACAUAUAUUUGUUAUGGAUCAUGGACAGUGAUUCGAUUGAUGACGAAGAAAGCGAAUUCUUGGUUCUGUUUUCUGCCUAGGAUGGAAAUCAAGGAUUGAUCAAAUUCUAUUGCACAACGUAGAUUUGUGAUAGAUUCGUUUGUUUGUUUUAAGUCGGACAUGAUAAAAAUUUAUCAUGUCUGACCGGUUUCACCGGGCAUCCUGUAUAUUGCUGAAUAGAGCUCUCACUCUGCAUAAAUUGGGCAUACAUGCAUCCCAGCCCAGUUUAAGUCUUUCUAUAGAAUUUGGACAUUUUGUGUUAAGAGUUUUGUUUUUGUUUUGAAAAAUUCUUGUGAUCUUUCGACGCUUUUGAGGUUUAGGUGAUUUGUAAUAAUUUAAGUAUGAAAAUUGGACCUGAUCCUGAGAA